AUGCAGGCUCCAGCCGUCUUCACGGGUGUGGACGUUUACCAGCGGAGUUUCAACCCUCAGGAGUAUUUGAAAGAGUUUUACACCUUGAGUGACAGCGAGGGACGGCCAAACGCGUUUCUGAUCCAAAACCUGAGGAGCCUGUUCACGAUGUUCUCCCUGGACGGGCUGAGGGGUGACACCCUGAUCGAUGUUGGCUGUGGCCCCACCAUCUACCAGCUUCUGUCUGCCUGCGAGCGCUUUCAGGAGAUCAUCGCCCUGGACUACACGGACCAGAACCGCCGGGAGCUGGAGAAGUGGCUGAAAAACGAAGCGGGAGCCUUCGACUGGAGGCCGGUGGUGAAAUACGUCUGUGAGCUGGAAGGGGACAGUGAGAAGUGGGCUGAGAAAGAGGAGAAACUGAGGCAGCGGGUGAAGCAGGUUCUGAAGUGCGACGUGACCAAAGCCAACCCCGCGGCCCCCGUGUCCCUGCUGCCCGCCGACUGCGUCGUCUCUGCCUUCUGCUUGGAGGCUGCCUGCAAGGACCUGGCCGCCUUCCGCAGCGCCCUGCGAAACAUCGGUGCCUUCGUGAAGCCGGGGGGGCAUCUGGUGAUGCUGAUCACCCUCCAGGGUACCUUCUACGCCUUCAACAAGCAGGUGUUCUCGUGCCUCUACCUGGAGAGAAAUGCAGUGGUGGAAGCCGUGGAGGGCGCCGGCUUCGAUGUGAAGUUCCGCGAGGUCCAGCCGUGGCCACCCAGUGAUGUCCGCACAGACUGCAAGGACGUGUUGAGCUUCGUGGCACGCAAGCGCGCCUCCGUCACCGCAUAG